UCCCGAUCAGCUUCUUCGGCUAUGAGCACUUCUCGUCAGCCGGCAUUCUCCGCCCAUGCAUCGCCAGUAUCGACUCAGACAGCAUCCCCUAUCGUCCAGAAUGAUGUGCGCGCCAAUUACCCGGAUAUGCUAGGCCAGCCCCCAGUCCCUCCCCCGAGGACCUCAUCUACGUAUCACAGUCGCCGCAGUCCAAACGGCUCGUCCGAGAAAGGGUCGCGGCAUGGAAAGAGCCGGUCUGAUCGCAAGGAAAAUCGAGAGCGUACACGCGAAGAUCGCAACGGCAAAAGCCGAUCAAAACGGACAGAUCCCUUGGAGGAGACUACGCGUGAAAAAUCAAGAGGCGUGCCUCCGAUCUCAUACCCACAAGAAGACCCCGGCAUGGAAAUUAUGUCUGGUCAGGGAGCCCUGCUGGUGAAGGAGUUGAGCGCUGUGACCAACUCGGUUCAGGUCAGCGAUCCCGUUGUGGAUCGGGAAAGAGAGGAAGUGCGACAAGCAAGUACAUCCUCGGCGGCAGUCGCGCCGCAAGAAACGGCGCAAAACUUCGGUAUGGGCGGAAAUGAAAUUGCUGAGGAUGGAGGUCACAGUGGGCACCGCAGCCGCCAUGAUUACAAUAACGGAAACACCAUUAAGCGGAAAGAAACCACGUUUGGCACUUACAUUCUUGGACAAACCCUCGGCGAGGGUGAGUUCGGAAAGGUUAAGCUUGGCUGGAAGCGAGACGGCAGCAUCCAGGUCGCCAUCAAGCUCAUUCGCAGAGAAUCCCUGGGAUCUAACCCCAGCCGACUGCCCAAGAUCUACCGCGAGAUUGCGAUUCUGCGUGAGCUCGCACACCCUAACAUCGUCCGUCUUCACGAAAUGGUGGAAACCGACCGUCAUAUUGGUAUCAUCAUGGAAUAUGCGUCAGGAGGCGAGCUUUUCGACUACAUUCUGAACAACCGAUACCUUAAGGACAACCCUGCCCGUCGGUUAUUCGCACAAUUAGUUUCCGGCGUGGGCUACCUGCACAAAAAGGGUAUUGUGCACCGAGAUCUGAAGUUGGAAAACUUGUUGCUGGACAGGAAUCGCAACAUUAUCAUCACAGAUUUCGGAUUUGCCAACACGUUUGACCCCAGCGACCCAUUGGACGAGGAGAUCGAAUACAACCUCACCAAUAAGGAAUAUGUGAAGCGGAAGCGACUGGACAAACCUGGUCCCGAUGGCUUACGGCGGGGUGACUUGAUGCAGACGAGCUGUGGAAGUCCUUGCUAUGCUGCUCCAGAGUUGGUCGUCAGCGACUCGCUGUACACUGGGCGAAAGGUCGAUGUGUGGAGUUGCGGUGUCAUUUUGUACGCCAUGUUGGCCGGUUAUCUCCCUUUCGACGACGAUCCUGCAAACCCCGAUGGAGAUAACAUCAAUCUCCUUUACAAAUACAUCGUUACCACCCCUCUCACUUUCCCCGAAUAUGUCACACCCCACGCUCGUGACCUUUUGAGACGGAUACUGGUUCCCGAUCCUCGCAAACGUGCCGACUUGUUCGAAGUUGCUCGCCACAGCUGGUUGGAUGAAUAUUCUCACGUCGUCUCGCACAUUACCAGCAGCACAACGAACGUGGCAGACAUUGCUAACUCGACGGUCCCGUCCGAGCACCAGAAAGAGGCACCAAGGCUUGGACGCAGUGCUUCAGUUCGUGAGCCACCCAAGUCAGCACACCAAAGUCCAGUUGCAGCUGUUGGAGGGCUCAAUCAUCAUGCUGGAGAUGUAUCCCAAGAUUCGCCAAGUGAAAAGUCCAAGACUUCCAAGGACGCGAAGCGGAGAACUGUCCAGGUUGAGUAUGUUGCCCCGCAAUCGCAAACGACGAGAGGAGAAUACCAGGGCACUUCCGGAACCACUCGCGACGAACUGCAGGCGACUGCAGACCUCGAGAAACCGCGCACGACCUCGAAGACUGCUCCGAACCCGCCUGUCAACCUCAACAAGCCGUUGCCUGGACAUUUCCCCCGCUCGACAUCGGAAAAUCCCGGCCUCACCGGGUCGAACACCUACAGCACAGUGCUUUCGAACACGCGGCCCCAGACGGGUGGUUCAAUGGCAUCUUACCACACUGGCCGUCUACCUUCACGGGGCUCCUACGGGCAACCUGUGGCACCCACGGUCACUGCUACUAACACCGAGGGUCGUCUAGCACAGCCUAAGAGUGGACAAUUCUCGCUUGCGCAGAACCCGCCGGCUCAGGCAUCUAAUGCAUCCAUUGGCCGUCCCAGCACUCAGCAGCUGCCGUCGGCUUUCAAUCCUACUCCUCGACAAGAGCCCCCGAAGAGCGGCCACAAGCGCUCGAGCACUGUUUCCAGCAUUGGCGAGAAGCUCUUCGGCAGGUCUGGAUCCAUCCUUGGUGGUCGCAACUCCCAGGUUCCCAAUAGUCGUUCCCGGCAAAACAAGCGGUAUCCUCCUACCAGCAUGAAGGAUCCUUUGGCAAGGGAAGAUUCCCGCAUGUCUAUGGAUUCUCGUCGUUCCAUGCAAUAUGGGCACAACCGCAAGGCGAGUGAGGCCGAAGGCCGACCUCGUCGGUUCUCCCUUCUUCCGUCUUCUUUCUCAUUCCGCAACUUCUCUGGUCGCGCUCAGACUCCUGAAGAAUCAUCACAGACGCCGCGGACAGUCGACCCUCAAAGACAGCAGCGGCCAGCUACUGGUCCUAUUCCAAACCGGCCUCGUGCAACUAGCUAUGGAACGCAGGAGGCUAUGAGUAUGGUGAACGAGGGCCCUUCGGACGAGGUGCACGAGCAGAAAGACUCCCAGCCACUGAGCUACGAGGCCCAAAUUGAACAGCAGUUUGCCGAGCUCGGAAAUCGAUUCGACCAGACAGACGAUUCAUUUGGUGCCAUUUCGUCUGAACAAGGCUACCAUAAUGCCGACGAGCAAUACAGCGGUUCCAAUUACACGUACUCUUCGAAGCCGAACUACUACGACGACUACAACGGAACCUACGACAGCUUGCCCCGGCAGUCCAUGCAACAACCUGUCCGUCGGGGUCCGAGCGUCUUGCAGAAGAGCCACCGCAAGUUCGCCGACGCCUACGAGUACGAGCGAGAUUCAUCGCACCACUCAGGAAGCUCGGGUGCUGCCCGAAAGGUCAUGGACUUCUUCCGCAGGCGUGCCAAGUCUCGCGCCGGUGACGAGCGGUGA